AUGUACCCACAGUUGGAUGAGAAAAUGAGGUCCAAGGAGUUGAUCAAGGAAGCCAUCAAGGACAACGACUUCAUGAGCAACCUGGAGGCGUCCCAGAUCCAGGAGAUUGUGGACUGCAUGUACCCGGUGGAGUACGCCAAGCACAGCCUCAUCAUCAAAGAGGGCGACGUGGGCUCGCUGGUCUACGUCCUGGCAGAAGGAGUGGAUCUGUGUGUGGGACAUGACGGAGGAGGGUUUGAGGGUUUCAUCUGA